UUGGUUUUAGCCGCCCGUAGAAGGAGGUCCGUUGAAUGAAGAGAAGUGAAUUACUCUGACAUGAAGUGUAAACAGUCACCGAAGUGAAAAUCUUAUGCGGCUAUUCAGUGUUAGUUUGCUGUUGCUACAUUUGUGAAAUCGUUUGUUACGGUUGAAAUUUGUAUUUUUCAUCAUGGUUGAUUGCUCCUGUAUUCGGAACAUCAGUUAUCCUAAUGUCAAGCUGCACUAUUUCCUACUUAAUGCAGCAUUGGCCUGUGUCAUACCAUAUCUCCCUGUUCAUGCAAAAGAAAUUGGAAUAUCAGCUGUAUCUGUUGGUGUCAUAUAUUCAUUUCUUCCUCUUGUUACAAUGGUAGCUAAACCAUUUUUUGGGGGAGUUGCAGACCAUUUUAAUAAUCUAAAAUCAUUGUUACUCAUAUUUUUAGGUGUUGUAAUGUUGUCUUCAUCAUUAACAGUAUCUAUACCGAGAAAACAAAAUAUGAUUACUAGUGAAGUACGUUGCACUGCAUCGGGAACAACUCUGUACUUCAAAGCUAAACCAAGCCAAGAUUGCAUGAUUGAUGUUUUGAGUACAAAACCAUUGAAAUGCUAUAUGUAUUGUUCAGAAUGUUUAUUAGUUAAAAAUGGAACACAUAAAAAUUCUUCAGUGGAUACUGCAUGUGCAAAAAAGGUAGUACAUCCUACAGAAGUUACAGUACACUUGGAAAAGCGAAAUGAUUCAACCCACCUAUUUAGUGUCCGAGAUUUGACUCUUUCAGAAAGAGUUAUGAAUACUCUUUGUUUCGUGAAUUUGACAUUCAGUUGUAGCUCAUUUUGUGAACCAGUUCUACAAGAAUGUUUCACAGGUAAACAGGAGCCUGAAUAUAGCAGUGAUCAGUUUUGGUUGUUUUUAAUUUUUGCUACUUUAUGUGUUAGUAUAAGUGGUGUCAUUGUUUCAUUUUCUGAUGCGAUAUGCUUUAAUGAAUUGGGUGAAAAUGCACAUCUUUAUGGUAAACAGAGAUUAUGGGGCACAAUAGGUUGGGGUUUAUUAUCUCCUGUUGCUGGAUAUCUAAAUGAUUUAGUUACUGGUGAUUCUUUUCUUAAAGCUUAUCAGCCAGGAGCAAUCCUUCUUGUAUUAAUAUUAAUUUAUGAUCUCUGUAUUGCCAAUAAAUUAAAGACAAAAAAUUUGAAAUUUUCACGGAAUGUAUGUAAAGAUGUAGGUUCUUUGCUUUGCAAAUUCAAAGUAGUAGCAUUUUUGCUAUCUGUGCUUGUGAUUGGCUCAUUUACUGCUCUUCUUUGGUCAUUCUUAUUUUGGCAUUUGGUCACUUUAGGUGCAAAUAAAAUAAUUUUGGGUGUAGUUCCUGCAGUUCAAUGCUUUAUUGGAGAACUACCAUUUUUCUUUUUCUCAGGAAAAAUUAUUUCAAAAUUAGGUCACUUUAAUAUAUUAACUGUAAAUUUUAUAUCAUUUGGUGUACGAUUCAUUGCUUAUUCUUUCAUCAAGAAUCCAUGGCUAGUGCUUCCCAUUGAGCUAUUACAAGGAUCUACUUAUGGUUUGUUUUAUGCUAAUAUGGCAUCAUUUGCACAUAUGGCUGCUUUGCCAGGCACUGAAGCCACUGUUCAAGGUCUUGUUGGAGGAGCUUUUGAGCUUGGUAUGGUUUUUGGUAACUUUUUAGGUGGCGUUGGCUUUCAGACUAUGAGUGGAGCAUUCACUUUUAAAUGGGCUGGAUUUACUUCUCUGAUUUAUUGUGGUGUACACAUAGUAUUCAGCAUUAUUGUGAAACAACUUGACAAAAGAACAACCAGAGAAGUGGAUGUUGUGCCACCUGCAGAAGAAAGUGUAUCAUUUAUGUAAUGAUAUGUGUUGUAGAAAUAACUUAUCAAUGAAUCUCAUUUGAAAGUAAUUUUCAGCAUUUAUUUGUAAUAUUUAUAUAUAUUUACUUAAAUUGGCAUGGUGAGCUUUUAGGUAAAUAUGUACUUUGUAUUUUCAUAAUUCAUGUGAAUUUAAUAGAUAUGUAAGUGGUUAUAUACUCAUAAUUUUUAUUCUUAAAAAUUUGAGUUCUGUAACACUAUGCCAGGUUUGCAUUUAUAUGUAUUUGUCAGUUAAGUAAAUUAUGCUAUUUUUAUAAAGCAUGUUAUAUAAAAAAAUAAACACUUUUCAAAAUAAAAGUAGUACUGAACUGCUGUCAUUGAUUUAAAGAUUUAAUCUACCUUUUAUUUGUUUUUAAUGUAAAUAAUUUUAUAUUCUGUAUUGCAUUAAAUUUGUUUUCAAGUCAUCCGCUGCAAGUGCAUUUCAUACUUAUUGAGUUCUUGGAUUUCUGUUCUGAUUUAAUGCACUAAUACAUUAAAUUCCAGUUCAGUACCUGCAGAGUAUUCUGUUUUAUAUAUUGAUCACAUCAUUUUUCAUCACCACUGUAUUUAUGCACAUGUAUUUUCAUUUUUUACCAUUUUGUGUUAAACCAUUGUUAGAACUUGAUUAUAAUUAUUUUGAAUUAUACAUACCUCACUUAUAGGCUGCAUAUCAAUUGCUUUAAUAUUUGUUUCCUGGUAUAUCUCUUUUCUUGCAAUAUGCAAGUUCAUCUAAUUUGAUUUGUAUUCUAAUCACACAAAUCAUUACAAAAUAUUUUAUAUAAAGUAUAUAUUUAUUUGAAUCUCAUGUUAAUUUUUAGAAGUCUUGUAUGUAUAGCCUUGAACAUUUCCAUUUUUAGUAAAAAUUUCAAUUGUAUUAUGAAGUUUUUUUUUUUUUUUUUUUUUUUUUUUUUUUUUUUUUUUUCAUUUUAGAUCUCUUUAACAAAAUUACAAAUCUUAUUGUUAGAUAUAUUUUGGGUGAAAUACUUAUUUUUAUUAAAAAAUAAGCUGACAUUUAUGCAAAUGUGUUCUUUCUUAAUAUAUGUUUACCUAUUCUUUCUUUAAAAUAAACAAAUCAUCUUUAAAAUAUCAAAUUUCAUACAUUAUUCUUAAUUAUAAAAAAGAAAUUUGCUCAAGGAUUGCUUAAAGUUUUCCAUUAUCUCUUACGAAAUGAAAGAAUCGUCUUUCACAAAACCAUAAUACAUGGUUUCAGUCUUCGGGACAUCUGUUUAAAAGUUGAACAAAAUUUGCUAAUAAAAGACUAUGCCAAUUAAUAUAUUAAAAAAUUUUCUACAUUAAAAUACUACAAUAGUUUUACUCCUUUAAUAAGAAAAAUUGCAAUUUUAGAGUUCAUGCACAAUUUUUGUGAUGGUUAAAGAUAUAUUAGCAAACAUAAAAACACUGACAGAGUGAGCUCAUUUUUUAAUUCUUUAUACUGUUUGAUAGAUCUGAUAUUAUUUUCAUUUUUUUAAUGGCAAAAAGGAAGGAUUGGUAAUUGAUGUGAAUUUUAACUAGGUUUUUAUUAAAAAAUACUUUUUUUUUUUUUUUAACCCAAGAGAGCAUUUGAUUUGACUGAACUGAAUGUUAAAAUUUGUCUAAACAUAAUUUUGCAGAAAAAAAUUACAUAUAAUAAUCAAAAGAAGGAUAAUUAACCUUCAGUUAAGCAAAUGUCUAUUGCAUUAAGUUAAUAUUUUCUGCAUUUUCUUUAUAAAUAUUAUUUUUUCAUUCAACAAAAAUGUUAAAACGAUACUAGUUAUUUGUAAAUUAUCAUCAUAAUAAACUUUUAUUUACUUUUUAAUGAAAAUUAAUUUAAUUUAUCUGAGAAUAAAUUUAUAUAUAUAUAUAUAUAUAUAUUCAUUACAUUAUCAUCAGAUAUAUUUAUUUUCUUUUCUACUGGUAUAAGUUUGCUAAACCUUUGAGUAUUUUAAAGUAAAUUAUUAUCCUGCAUUAUGCCAAAUAAUAAAAUGAUUUGACAUGACAGUGAUCUAAUUAAGUGAAUAAAAUUUGAAAAGUGAGAAUUCAUUAAUAGAAUAGUUUUGGAAAAUUAUUGUAAUGUUUUUAAUUAUAAAGUUUUCCUAAAUUUUGUAAUAUUUUUUGGGACAUAUUUAUGAUGAAGCAUUAAUUUUUUGCUCACAAGCACAUUUGAAAAUUUAAUUUUUAAGCAAUUAUUUGCUAUUCAAAUAUCAAACAUUCAACUGAAGAGAAUGCAUUCAUUAUAUUUCUAAUUUAAUGAAAGAGCAAUUACAUAAUUUAUAACAAACCAUUAAAAUUGGUGAUUUAUCAUUAUUUAGUGAUAUGUUUUAUUAUUAUGUGUUGUAUCUCAUUUUUUUAAAAAUUUUAGAUAAUUAUGUUAAACUUGUAAGUACAAACACUAUCAGUCUAAAUAAAUAUAAAUUCUUUUCCAUUGUGCAAAAUAAAUAAAAUAUUUGUCUUCAUCAGAACAAAAAGCAAGAACACUUUAAUUUUAACAUAAAUAUUAGAGUUUCGUCUAAGAUCUAGUGUGAAAAUUAUAAACUGUAGGGGAAAAGCAGAUUCCAAGUUUUUGAAAGGUAGUGUAAUUUGCAAUUAAUGAUUGAAAUUUAAUCACGCUUCUAUUUUUGCAACUUGUAAAAUGACCAUAUUUUCCAUUAAUGGUACUUAGUAUGCAAACAUUUCUUUUAACUCCCAUUUCUUGACUGAUGAAAACAGUCUUCAAGAUUUUAAGCUAUCCAGCCCCAUUAUUUUUUUUCAUAACUUUUAUAAGUAAGUAUUUUUAAGAGUUAAAGGUUUGAAUUUGAUAAACGAUACUUAAACAAGCUGUUACACAUGAAUGCUAAAAUUUAUGGAAAUAAAUUGCAUGUUACUUUUCAUUUCUUUCACAAUCACUGUCUCAUUUAUGACCUAGCUUAAAUAUUAAUAAAAUAAAUGUAAAUUUCACUUAUUAUUAGAUGCUCCAUUAUUAAUUCUUUUAUAUAAAUUACAUUCAAUCAUUUAUAAUUUUCUUCUAGUUCUAAAUUUACUUCCAAGUUUAAAAGGAAAUUCAUACUAAAAAGCAAUUAGUUGAAACACAAACAUUUCUUUUCCAGAAAUAUAUAUGUAAAGUAUAAUAUAUUUGUUGCUGCCGAACUGUAAAAAUCAAUUAACAAAACAAACAAAAAAAUACAUAAUAUGGAUUGAAAUCAAAUAGCAGGUAUUUAAUAAAUUGCAAAAUGAAUAAAAAAUACAGUAUGAUUUGAUGAAAUUUUGACAUAAAAAAAUUUUGUGGAGUAAAUCAUUUUCUUAAAGUUUUUGCCUGUUGACAAAAGGGGGAUAUGCAUUCCCUUGAAACAUGUCUGACUGUUAUUCAUACUGAAAUUAAUAUCAAUGAAAAGCUUAUUUUUGCUGUUUGUCAGUGCUUAUAUUAGCAUAUAUUUCCUGUAUUUAUUAUUCAAUAGUUAUUUGCAAGUUUGUAUACAGUACAAAGUCCGUAAUCUUGACUCGUCGGGACUUUGGCAAUUCUGGAUUAGAGGUUUUUCCAGAUUAUAGAUCAUCAAUUUAAA